AUGCACCAGUUACAUUCUGUUGUUAGUAAGGUUCUCUCUGCCGUCCAAUGUAUAUCUGAUGAUGACCCUAUUACCGAAUGCUACAAUGACAAUUGCAAACUUAGCGCCCUGCUGAAGGAUCACCCCGACGAAGCACUAUCACUUGCCGAUAAGAACCUCCGUGUUUUCCCGUUCAAGGAUGUGAAAGAUUGCUGGAGAAGACUUUUCACAGAUGCAAGUGUUGUGAAGGCCUGCUAUAUGAUACAGGCUCAGUUGGGGAACCACAAUGUUGAAAAAGCCUGCCUCAGCACUGAGAACGACGAGUGCCGGCUUGACAAGAAAAACACAGAAGAGCUCCGUGCGAAGAAAGAAGUUGGUGAUAAGAUACAUCCUUCGGCUCCUUGGCUAUAUUCCGUCAUCCAUAUUCUGGACAAGGCACUUAUAAUGACCGGCGCUCCGGGCCGUCCUGAAGAAAUGGCCUUUGAAUCCUAUACGUCGUCUAUAUUUCGUGCGUCUGACGAACCGCAAGCUAAACGUAGAAAGCUGGGGGCGGAGCCGCCCUUGUUUCCGUCUGAUUCUGUUGCAAGUCCGACCCUGACUUGUUCCGUUCCGCGUGUCUCCGCUCUGUCGUUCGAGGAAUUCACAGAGCAUAUGUGGAAUCACCGCUCCCCCAUUGUUAUUAAUGAUGCGGUGAGCCAUUGGCCCGCACUUUCGGAUCGGCCCUGGUCGUCCAGUGAAUACUGGUCUCAGAGGACUUUUGGCGGCCGAAGAUUGGUUCCUGUUGAGAUUGGUCGGUCCUACACGGAUGAGGGUUGGGGACAGCGUAUUAUUCCGUUUGGAAAAUUCGUAAAGGAUUACAUCCGCAGGGAGGAGGGAAAGGAGACUCUAGACACUUCGGAGAACGGGGAGCUAACCAGUCAAGAAUCCACCGAAGAUCAGACUGGAUAUCUGGCACAACAUGACCUGCUCGCGCAGAUCCCUGCCUUGAGAAAAGAUAUUUCCGUUCCAGACUACUGCUAUGCUGAGCCUCCUGGCCCUGAACGGGGCACACCCGUCUACGAGAAGAAAUUGCAGAAAAGGGAGGCUAUUGAUAAAAAGGCCACGCGGCUCAACCCUCAUAGGGAGUCCACCGUUCGACAUGAAGAUGAUAACGAGGAAGACAGUGAACAAACCGAUCCGAUAAUCAAUACUUGGAUCGGACCAGCAUGGACUAUAUCUCCGCUCCACCACGAUCCAUAUCAUAAUAUUCUGGUACAGGUCGUUGGGGCGAAAUACAUACGCCUCUACUCCCCUCACACUCCCGCCUCGCAGAUUUACCCUCGCGGGAUGGAAAUUGUCAAUGGCUCGUCAAAAUCAAAGGAGAUGUAUGGUGAAUCGCAGCAGAGUGAUCGAGAUCAAUGGCCAGCUUCCUCCGGGGAUCAAGCGAUCGACAUGUCCAAUACCUCGAAAGUGGAUAUCGCGGCCAUUGAGCUUUCUCCCGCUGAAGCAGAGACUUGGGAUUCGCUCUGGCCCGGAUUUGCGGAAGCAAAGUACGUUGAGACCGUCCUCCGGGAGGGGGAGUGUUUGUACAUUCCCGUCGGCUGGUGGCAUUACGUACGUAGCCUACAAGCUGGAAUCAGCGUUAGUUUCUGGUGGAAUUAA